AUGUCUGACCAUGAUAUUGCCCGACCAGUGCCCAACAAUGAAUGGAUGAUUGAAAGGAUUGGAGAUGAUUCAAACAAUUACCGCCUGCAUUUAAAUGAUGAUAAACUUCGGCUGCAGAUGGGGAUUAGCGUUCCUUUACCUGUUCGUACAUAUAUACUUCACCUUCCUUUGGUUGGUGGGGUAAACUUGGAGGAGCCAACCAAGAAUCCGCCAACAAUGAUGCUUCGAUACAAGUACGCCAUCUAUUCAGCUGAUUCUUGGUUGUCUCUAGCCUCAGAAACCACCGAUUAA